AAGCAAGUACUCAAUCCUCAAACAAUAAGCAUGGAUAUAUCAUUAAUUAUGGAGGAGGGGACAGCAAUAAAUAAGAAAAAAGUAAAAUAAAUUUGGCAAGAGUAGUGGGACAUAAAUGAUACCUUGAUAAAAUUCAAAAAGAUUGGUGUAGAAAGAAGGCUGGGUAGGAACUGUAAAGAAGAGGCAGUCAUCACCCAUCUCAGGUCAGGACUCACUGGACCAAACAGCACACUUCACAAAAUAGGAAAUCAUAAUAACUUCACUUUGGUACAAGGAUAAUUAAUUUGGAUUGAGGACAUUAAGAACAUCUACUAGGCUUCCCUGCUGGGGUGACCUGGGCUACUGUGCCUCCAGGAGGUAAAAACACUGACAAAUCCCAAUAAAGAGACAGACCUACCAACGGGAGCAAGAGUGAAGAUUUUCAAGCUGUAAGAAAAGGGUCAAUAAUGAAUUCAAACAGGGAUACUGGGAUCUAGAUUAUCCAGAUCCAUACUCCAUUUCAGUAGGUGGCGGUAAUGUGCCCGAGAUGAAGAGGAAGUAUGUUUUUAAAACCUUGUUGUGUUUCUGUGUUUGUGGGCUGAGCUGUGAGAUUGUUGUGGUCUUUCCCACAGACGUAUCUGAGCUGUUGAAGUAACAAUGUCUUCAAUUGAGAGUUCGACAGAGCUGUUCAUCGAGCCACUAACUGCUGCUGCUGACGAAAUAUUCAAACUCUUUGAAAGAACCAUCCAGUCGGACAAAGAGAUCGAUCGUAAGCGCAGACUGCAGGAUAUCACCUGGAAUCCCGAGAUAAAGUUACACAGAAUAGACCUCCCACAGCAACAUGUCUACAUAGAGGAGGUUCUCACUGAACAGCAGCUCUUUAACCAGGUUAGGAAGUCCAGUCUGAACCAGGAGGAACCAGAACCUCUACAGAUUAAAGAGGAACAGGAGGAACCAGAGCAUCCACAGAUUAAGGAGGAACAAGAGGAACCAGAACCUCCACAUAUUAAAGAGGAACAAGAGGAACUAGAACCCCCACAUAUUAAAGAUGAAAAAGAGGAACCAGAACCUCCACAGAUUAAAGAGGAACAGGAUGAACCAGAACCUCCACAGAUUAAAGAGGAACAGGAGGAACUUGACAGCAUUCAGCAGGAAGAACAUCUUGAACUGAACUAUGAGAUUGAUUUCUUGAUGAAGACUCCUACUGAUGAGCAAAGUGAGCAUAGUGAACCAGGACCAAACAAUGAUCAUCUCCUCUCUCAGAACGCUGCUGAUUUGAUGUCAUCCACCAAGACUCAGACAUAUGAAAAACCAUGUCUUCGCAAAGCAUGCCGGAAACAUUUCAAUCAAACUGUUGAUUUGAAUAAACACAUGGGGACUCAUACAGGUGAGAAGAAGUACAGUUGUGACACAUGUGGUGAAAACUUCACUGAAAGACGUACUUUAACAAAGCAUAUGAGGACUCACAGAGGUGAGAAACGGUAUGGUUGUGACACAUGUGGUAAAACCUUUAAUCGACGCAGUAAUUUACACAAACACAUAAAGAUUCACACAGGUGAGAAGCCGUACGUUUGUGACACAUGUGGUAAAACCUUUAAUCGACGCAGUAAUUUACACAAACACACGAAGAUUCACACAGGUGAGAAGCCAUACGUUUGUGACACAUGUGGUAAAACCUUCACUGAUAGAACUACUUUAACUGUUCACAUAAGGACUCACACAGGCGAGAAGCCAUACGGUUGUGAUACAUGUGGCAAAACGUUCAUUAAAAAAUUUACUUUAACUGUUCACAUAAGGACUCACACAGGCGAGAAGCCAUACGGUUGUGACACAUGUGGUAAAAUGUUCCAUCGGGAUGGCACUCUAAAAAUUCACAUGAGGACUCACACAGGUGAGAGGCCCUACGGUUGUGAGACAUGUGGUAAAACCUUCACUGAACAAACUAAUUUAAAACAGCACAUGAGGACUCACACAGGUGCGAGGCCCUACAGUUGUGACACAUGUGGUAAAACAUUCAAUAAAAGAUGUACUUUAACUGACCACAUGAGAAUUCACACAGGUGAGAAGCCGUACAGUUGUGAGACAUGUGGUAAAACCUUUUCUGAACGAAGUAAUUUAAAACAGCACAUGAGGACUCACACAGGUGAGAAGCCGUACGGUUGUGAAACAUGUGGUAAAACCUUCAGUCAGAGUUCUCAUUUAACUACUCACAUGAGGACUCAUACAGGUGAGAAGCCCUACGGAUGUGACACAUGUGGUAAAACCUUCAAUCGAAGUACUCAUUUAACUACUCACAUGAGGACUCAUACAGGUGAAAAACCGUACGUUUGUGAAACAUGUGGUAAAACCUUCACUGAAAGAGGUACUUUAACUGGUCACAUGAGAAUUCACAGGUGAAAAUGUGUCGUCUUGAAACAUCUGUGUGGGGAAAAAAGCAGAGUUUAAAAAAAACUCGUCAGGAAUUUUUUCAAGUGUAUCUUUCUUGUGAAAAUCUGAUCAUAUUAUUUUCUGAGAUUAAAUAUUUUUUAAAAAAUAUAUAAAAAAAAUUGUUUGUGUUUUUGU